AUGAAUUCUCCCGUCUUCAAAGAAUAUACUCUAUUGCUCAGUCAAAAUGGCACGUUGGAGGUCUGUUUCGAUAAGCAGGUCUCCUAUGGAUCUGGUUAUUGGCUGGAAAAUUCCUUACAAGUCACCAUGCCUCUGUUUUCUCUGCAACUCGCUAUAAUUUUAUCAUUGAAUCGCCUCUGCAUCCUUGCCUCAGCACCGUGGCACUUGCCUCGUAUUGUCACUGAUAUUUUUGCUGGGUUUUUGACUAGUCCAGCUGUUCUGGGUCGCUCUCCUUUUUAUGUCAAACACAUAUUCCCUUUCAGUAGUAUGAUGGCAUUGGAAACCGUGGCAGCUUUGACCCUUGUUUACUAUAUGUUCUUGAUCGGUUUAGAGUUUGAUUUGAGACCGAUAAGGCGUUCUGGGAACAAGAAGGCUAUAAUUGUAGCCACUGCUGGUAUAAUCUUCUCUAUUCCUUUUGGGAUUGGAUUGUAUUACCUGCUUCUCUCUGACUUGGGACGCAAGCACUUGUCUCCUACGAUAACUGGAACGAGACAUUUCACCGGUGCUAUGAUAUGGGGAAUGACCCUUUCUUGCAGCGAGUUCCCUGAGAUCGCGAAGAUUCUCACGAGCCUCAAGCUUGUUCUCGACGACAAUGGACAAUUGGCUUUAACCUCUGCUCUCAUCAACGACGUCUUCUCUUGGAUCUUCCUUUGGCUCUUCCAGAAAGUUGGCACAAAGGACAGAGAUUUGAUUGACGCUCAAGUUGUGUUUCUCUUGCAUAUGGUUUUGCUCUUUGGAUUCCUCGCCGAUGGAUUCGGAGCUCAUUCCAUCACAGGGGCUUACGUUUUAGGAGCUAUCACCCCAAAGGGUAUAAUCUCAAAGGCGGUUCAGGAAAAAGUGCUUGAUUUUGUGACAGCAUUCAUGAUGCCAGUCUUCUUUGCGGUUCUUGCGGAGAGAAUCCAUGUCGAAGACUUCGCCUUGGGCAUCCAUUGGAUAAGCGUUGUGGUGAUUGUUUUGCUGGCUUUCAUGGCCAAGAUUUUGUCCACUCUAGCCGUCUAUAUGCUCCACAGGCUGCCUCUCAAGGAAGGCAUCUCUCUUGGAGUACUCAUGAAUACCAAAGGAAUAGUGUCAAUCAUCAUUCUUUCCACCGGCAGGGACAUGCUGGCACUGAACGACCAAACCUUUGGGGUUAUGCUUCUGAUAUGCUGGAUAAUGACGAUUCCCGCGGGGCCUGUCUUAGCCGCCAUAAGCAAAUUCACGAGUCCCAGUAUUGGGAGUAGCCUACGUAGGACCAUGCUGGGGACAAGACCGGACAUGCCGCUCAGAGUGCUUGCCUGUGUCCACACAUCACGCGACGCCAAUGUGAUUGUCAGUCUGUUGAAGGAAUCGAACCCAACGGUUAAAUCCCCAAUCCAGGUUUUCGCGGUAGAGCUUGUGAAGAUGACAAGCCGCCCCACCACAGCACUAAUCCUAGAUGAUGCUCAUAAGCAAGUAAUGGAGUCCAAAUCUAAGAAAGACCUCUUGCGAGGUCUCAAUCCAGACGGCAACAACAAGACAGGGACAGAAGAUAGCCUUGAGUGCUUCGAAAACCUUAGCCAAGCUAUAUUCGCUGAGAAGUUAAGGGUCGUGUCUGAUUACAACACCAUGCACAAAGACAUGUUCCAUCUAGCGAAGCAAAAAGGAGUGACGCUCAUGCUAACCACACUUUACAAACAACCGACAUACGAUGGUUUAGGUGCAGGCACAGCAACAGCUAGAGCUGCUAACAUAGUGAACAGAGAAUCUUCGAGCAAGGAUGAGAAAAAAGUAGUGCUUGAGAACCUAGUGAAGGAAACACCAUGCUGUCUGGGGAUAUUCAUAGAUCGUGGGUUAGGCCAAAAGCGAGGCAAAGAGCAGAAAUUGGCAAUGUUCUACGUGGGUGGGGCAGAUGAUCGUGAAGCAUUGUCGUACGCAUGGAGGAUGUGUAGAAGCCCAAACACAAAAUUAACAGUGGUAAGGAUCAUCUGGGACAAUCCCAGUGACGAUUUGAUCAAACAGAUGAAGAGUACCUAA